CCUAGACAGUUCGCUUCAUAUUGUCGAGCUAGAGUCCUGCGUCUAAGCCUAGCGCUACUCGUUCAUGUUAAGAAGAACACACUGUCUCUGUCGAGAGAGAAUUUCCCACUGCUGAGAGACGACUUUAGGUGGUCAUUUCUAAAAAUUCCAUAAAUAUGCCACCAUGAACUUGAACAUGAACAUGAUGUUGUUCGAGACCACCCGUGCUUCCUUUCAUUCUGCACUUGGAAGCGUUGCCACUCAUUGGCCCUCCAGCUCCUCUACUUCCAGACUAAUUAUGAGGAUUGCCACCGCUAGCGCAUCCACAAGUCAAAGGUUACGACCACCCAGCAUUCUGUUGACAUCUACUACUUCUCUUGGUCAGGCUACGCCCGAGGCGGGAGUAGACAACGACUUCUCUUCCUCAUCAACAAUAUCGUCUGGCGCACCUCCUGGUUCGUGCGGCGCGACUCUUGUUCCAUCUCGAGGUGGCCUUUUUUCUGGCUCGCGUACGUUGUUUGCGCCACAGAACAGGAGGACUUCCUUUGCCGUUCGCCGUCGUCGGCUCUUCUACUUUCUGGACAAAUAUUAUGGUAGAUUUGCUAAUACUGGUCAAAAUCUUUGUGGACAUCUGCUUAGAAAAGGAUAUUUCUAUUUGAAUAGCGAUGCGCUUCUGAAGAAGAAGGUCAAAAACUCAUGCCCAAACAUCAAUCCAUGAUAUUCAUUUCAAGUACCGAAGAAUGUCUACAUCUUCUAGCGCUCUAAACUUGCCAAUUCCUGAUGAAGGUUCGGAGGGAGCGAGCGCGUCGUAGGCUGGAAACCGAAAAUCGAUGGCUAAAAACACCGAUUAUUCACGAGUUUCGAUUCCCCGGCUUUUGGGGACAAACCUUUCCCUACGAACCUUUGGAGGGGUCUAUGUGCACUAAUGUUGGGGAAAAAGCCGGAACCGGUGGCCAAGACUAGUAGCUGUUUUUUCAAUGCACCCGUUGUCUCUGUCCUCGUAAGGAAAGCAUGUUGAAUUCAAAAUAGAUAGCGAUGGUGUCACGGCGAUGAAAAUGUACUUCAUAAAGACUUCAACCAAAAAUACAGAAGGACAAAGAUGUUCAUGCACAUGUCGCAUAAACUUCCUGAGUUUAACUUUAACAAGUAGGCUUCGUUAUGAUUCAUAUGAUAAAUUUGAUAUUCUGUUUCUGAUGUGCCUGUCUUCGGGCUUGUUCUUGACCACGAUUGCUGCGAUGAUCUUACGUCUAGAAUGACGCCGAUGAUUUUUGAU